GAUGUGCUUGGUGAAGGAAGUAAAAAUUCACCAAAUUGACUUUGUGACUUGAAUCAAGAAAUCAUGGCGUUAAUAUCGGUCUGAAAAUCCCUUAAUACACUCAGAUGUCAGAACAAAAGCCUUCUGGAUCCAUUCAUGGAGAAAAGUACAGAAAAAUAGCUGAAAAUACGAAAGAAAAUGAACACGAGAAAAUUCGCUUUGUUUUGCCUGACAAACAACAAGAAAGUACUUUGGCUUUAAGAAAAAAUGAAUCCGAUCGAUCUGAGAGUGGAGAAGAAGAAUCAGACUUCGUUAAUGAUUUGAGUAUUCAGCUUGCUUUGGAGAAAAGGCAGAGACGUAAAACGAUCGUAAAUUCUUUCCGAUUAGUUGAACUUGUACCGACUACGAGCACACCGUAUUCUAGUUAUAGAAGAAAGUCAAUCGCGUUCACCGUACAGAGUGUYGUAGACACAAAGGCUGAAGAACAUUUUCAAGAAGGCGUUCGAUACUCCGUAGACGAUGAUGAUUAUAAAGCCAUCUCAUGUUUCAACAAAGCGAUAUCACUUAAACCAGAAAAAAUAAAAUUCUAUGUAGCGAGAGGRGAAUCUUUUCUUCAAAUUUGUGACUUUCAAUCGGCAAUAUUAAACUACAAAAAAGCAUGUAUUCUAGAUCCUGAUAACGACGAAUACUAUUCAAGGCUUGCRUUCAUUUACUUCUUCCAAGGACAGUGUUUAUUUGAUCAAAAACUUUAUAACGAAGCUCUGGAGUCCUUCUCGARAGCGGCAGAAAUGAAGCCAGAGGUUAUUGGAUAUCACACGAGAAGUGUUGCUUGUCUUUCUGCCCUUCAAAGGCAUGGUGAAUGCCUUGCUUUGAUYAACAAGAGGCUUGAAGAAGACACUAGUAACCCAGAUCUGUUUAUAAUGAGAGCAAGGCUACAUGAGUUAUUUAGAAAUUCAACAUUAUGUUAUUAUGAUGUGAAGGAYGCAUUGCUUCUUGACCCAGAAAACGAAGAAGCCCAGGCACUGAUGGCAUCUUUGCAGAARAGAGGACAAGACAACAAACAACAGGCAGUACGACUUCUUCUGGUUGGUAAAGUUAAGGAGGCUCUAACCAAAAUUUCCGUUGCCUUGGAAACGAAUCCUGCAGUCCCUGAAUAUCACGUAUUUAGAGGUGCACUCCACAGAMAAAAUGCCGACUUCAAUGCUGCCAUUGAUGAUUUUCUUUUGGCGAUGGACAAAGCAGAUCACGACGAGUCUAACUCAACUUAUAAAGAAGCGCAGAGACAACUUCUACUGUGUUAUAAUGACUUCGCUGUAGAGUGCUUUAGUAAAAAAUUUUACGACGAGGCCAUCGUACUGCUGAACAAAGCAAUCAAGGGAGAGAAGAACGAAAAGGGACUCUACCUCAAUAGAGGAGAUUGUUUCUUCCGUUCCAACGAGCUUCACUUUGCUCUAGCCGACUACCAACAAGCCCACGAGAUGGACCCRRCAGACAUGUCAGUGUUGUCUCGCUUGUCUAUCGUGUUCAACGAGUUUGGUAUACUGGAGUAUUACGAGCGGCAUUACCUGGAAGCGAUAGAUUAUCUCAGCACGGCUCUCCAGUAUAACCCUAGAAUUGCUGCUUAUUACUUGUCUAGAGGAAGGGCCAGAUACAUGAUUGAGGAUAGCGACGGUGCCAGAGAAGAUGUCCUCAAGUGUCUGUACCUCGACCCCAACAACAAAGAAGUUAUUUCCAUAUUCUCUCGUUUGUUCCCGGGGAAAACAAUCAAUGACGUCACAAAAGGGAAUCUAGGCGUGGCCGCUGGACGUGCAGUCGAGGCGCAUAUCCGCAAUACCUUUGGUCAGCAGCUUCCAGUAGUGCCACACAAGAAGAAAGCUUCCGAAACGGCUUCGAAAUUUUCUGGAAAGUCCAUUCUCCCUCCGAUUCGAGACCAGUUUUUCCCAGAGAUUCGUUCUUGCAUGGAAGAACAAGAAUUCCAUAUCAGUAUAGUAAAAAAUAAAAAGAAGGCUUCGACAAACGUGAAAAGAGCGCUCAAUGAUCGACAGAAUCUGUCAUACAAAGGACCCAUGGUAGAGUCAAAGAUCCCUUACGUCCCACGUCCAGCAGUUAAAACGUGGCACUGGRAAACAAGCACGCGGCGGCGACCUCUUCCUAAUGCUAGCUAGCGAGAAUUCUAACCAAAUAUAAUAUCAACUAUUUUAAAACCAAUAUAUGACAAAUAAUGAGAGAAAUGAUGAUGAUAACAAAUUGAAAUAUUAAGUUUAGAUGUAAUAUAUUWUUAUCAUAAAUAAAAACGGGUUAUCUAAAAA